GCUUAAUUUGGUGUUUUUCGUCUUUGGUUUGACCAAUCUGUACUUAGACCUUUUAGAUUUCAGCUUUGUUAUGUAUCAUAUCUAUUACCUUAACUUACAGAAAGACGUUUCCUUGUCGCUUUUCAUCCUUCAGGUGGCUUUCAGGCUUUUUAGAAUGGCUUUAACUGCUACGAAAUUGGUUUCAAUUACCAACUUAUGAGUUUUCUACUCUUUCAGUUUACCAAAUAAAUUUACGGAAUGCAAAUUAUGUGUAUGAUGGGACCUUGUAGGUACGGGUGAAAAAUCAGUACACCCAGUGGUUUGUUCGAUUUCUCUUUGAAAUGUCUGGUUGUAAUUUGUUUCUCGAGAAAGAUCUUUGGAGUCACUAAAUAAGAUACCCUAUGAACCGGAAAAUUGAUUUUAAGUGUCAUUUCUGAAAACUGGUCCUCGCAAAAUAUAUCCGGUCUUGUUAUUGUCGUUGGUGGAGUGUGUUGUUUCAUUAUAGGGACAACAACAACACCGUAUUUGUUGCUUUCAUGAAUAAAUCCCCAGCUGUCAUAUAUCUGUAAGUCAUUUGGCUUCUUUUAGUAAGCAGCUGAAAAUCGUUGAGGAAAAUCUUGGAGGUGGUAACAUUUUAGAUGCCAGUAGAGAUACUUAAAAAACUUAAUUGCAUUAACCAUGAAACGGUAAAACAGUGUGAAAAACUGUUAGCAUUAUUUUAAUAUUGUUAACCUCUGUCAAGUGUCAGAAGCCAAAAGUUAUACAUAAAUUUCCAUCAGUAAUGUUGAUUAGGCCGUAAUUUGGUGAUCAUUGACAAAGAUCAUACAUGUUGUGUUGUGCCAAGUGAUUUUUUCGUAUUCUAUGUGGUGGAUCCACAUCUUGACAACUGACUGGAACAUGGGUAUAGAUUUAUAUUAAAAGUGAACUGUUCUUCAACAACGGUGUGUGCCAUCUAUUAACUCCUUUAUCCAACCUGAAAUAUGACUUCGUGAUACUUCUUUUAUGGUACAAAGAUAAUAACCAACAUUUACGGACAUUAUUAUUUGUACUUCAGUCGUCUCAUGAUAAGUGCGCGAGAUAAACUAAUAUCACCCUACAAGCAAAUGAUCAAGUUACAACUAAGUAACUUAGUUUUACAAUACUUUUCUUUCCCUUUCAUUUCAACGUCUUUUUGUUUUUGUUUAUUUUUUCUCUGUCUUUUUAUGAAGUUUGUGAGUUUAAGCUCAUCAACCUUUUAGCUCGAGGUCAUACGUUGUUAUGCCUAUCGAUUCACAUGAAAUGUGUUUUUCCACUAAACUAUUCAAUUUUUUCUUUUACUUUCUGUAUGUACGAAGGAUCAAUGAGAAUGUCGGUCGCACCAGUUCAACAGGGUCCAUUUAUGAAGGAUCAGUUGGUUCAAUUGCGGGCACAGAUUAACGCUUUCAAGCUACUUUCCAAAUCACAGCCAGUCCCUGAAACAUUAUUACUAGCGGCCGAAGGAAGACAGUUACUCAGUCAUGCACCUAUUGUUAUGAGUGGACCACCUGCACCAAAUGUCCCUGUACAACAAUGGAAUCAAUCUUCUGUAAACUCCAUGCAAAAUUCGCCAUUUGUCGGGUCUCCUCAGUCGUCUGUCGUUCAGAGUGAAUUCCAUCCGGCGAAUCCUGCCCUAGCAAUAUCUCGAGUAAGACCUAAUAUCCAACCCAGUUUAGUGGCUGCACGUAUAGGUCCCCCAGUAGGCUAUCAAUCAUAUACAACCUCAUCUUCAAAUGGAACCUUUCUGCCUGGGGGUACUGGCACAUAUGGAAGGAGUAGACUUACUCCUAUUCAACGACCUCAGGGUUUGGAUCCCGUAGAGCUACUAAAAGAGAGGGAACAGCGUAUCCAGUCUCGCAUUGCGCAGCGUAUCAAAGAACUAAGUAGUCUUUCUGUAUCUAGUACAUCGGAACAAAGAGUAUCAUUAUUGAUUGAACUUCGUGCUUUGCGUCUACUGAAUUUUCAGCGACAACUAAGGCAAGACAUAGUGUCAGCUAUGCGCCGAGACACGAGCCUUGAGACAGCUCUUAAUGUCAAGGCGUACAGAAGGCCGAAAAAACAAACUCUUCGAGAGGCUCGGUUCACGGAAAAGUUGGAGAAACAAAUGAAACAUGAGCAAGAAAAAAGGCGUCGUCAAAAACAUCAAGAAUUUCUGAAUGCUGUUCUUAGCCACGGAAAAGAUUUCCGAGAGUUUCAUCGUAAUGUUAACAGCAGAAUGGUGAAAAUAAACAAAGCCGUUCUAAAUUACAAAGCCAAUGCUGAGCGUGACAAAAGAAAAGAACAAGAACGAAUUGAUCGUGAGCGUAUGCGACGUCUUAUGGCUGAAGAUGAGGAAGGUUAUCGCUGUCUUAUUGAUGCGAAAAAAGACCAGAGACUUCAUCACUUACUCACCCAAACAGAUGAAUUUAUUAGUAAUUUGACUAAACUUGUUCGUGAACAUAAACGAGAGCAAAGUAAGCAGCGUUUUAGGGAACGGUCGGAAAGAAGAAAAUUUGCACAGGAGUCAGCUCUGCAAAAUGCUGUUGUAUUCUAUCGAAAAUUGGCUGAUGAUGUCAUUAAAAACGGUGGACAACCCCCGGCCUAUUUUUCUAUUCUUCUAUCUAGUGAGAAAUUUCCUGAAGAACUUAAUCAAGUGAAUCGUGACUGGUUAUGUGGCAAAAUGUCGUCUUCUAACUUCCAGCUACCUGACGUGCGUAUACCUAUGUAUCAAACAACAACAAAAGAAAUUGUUGAAGGUGAUGCUGCACUUUAG